CCCUGCGCGGAGCUCUCCGCGCACCCUCCAUCCCCUCCCGCGAGCGCUGCAUCCCCCGGCAAACACCCAACAUUCCAUCCCCCUGUGCAUCCUUCCAUCCCCUCCUGCGAGCGCUGCAUCCCCCGGCAAAUAUUCCACCCCUCCGCGCAUCCUUCCAUCCCCUCCCGCGAGCGCUGCAUCCCCCGGCAAACAUCAAACAUUCCAUCCCCCUGCGCACCCUCCAUCCUCUCCCGCACAUCCUCAUCCCUCCCCGCGCACCCUCCAUCCCCCUGCGCGCCUUCUGUCCCCCCAGGCACUCCUUCAACCCCCGCUCUCUCUCCAUCCAUCCAUCCAUCCAUCCAUCCAUCCAUCCAUCCAUCCAUCCAUCCAUCCAUCCCCCCAAGGACUCGUCCGUUCCUCCGCGUAUUUCUCUGCGCAUCCCCUCGCGCAUCCCUCCGCGCACUCCUCCAUCCCCCCUCUCACUCCUCCAUCCCCCCUCUCACUCCUCCAUCACUCCUCCAUCCCUCCGCUCACUCCUCCGCUCACUCCUCCGCCCCCCGCGCCUGUCCCGCUGCCGGCGGGGCCGCUCCUGCGCGGGGAUGGCGGAGCGGCCGCGCUUCCUCUGCGGCGUGGUGGAAGGUUUCUAUGGGAGACCAUGGUCGAUGGAUCAGAGGAAACUCCUCUUCCAGUGGCUGCAGCACCGGGGGCUGAACUGCUACAUGUACGCACCCAAGGAUGAGCUGAAGCACCGGCUGCUCUGGAGGGAGCCCUACACAGAGCAUGAGCCCGCAUGCGGUCUCUCAUCGAGGCAGCCCAAGAGCAGGGGGUGGAGUUCAUUUUCGCCGUUUCUGCUGGCCAGGACAUGGUGUUUUCCAGCGCUGGGGAUCGCCUCCUGCUGCAGCAAAAACUCAGGCAGGUGGCUGCCAUGGGGUGCCGCUCCUUCGCGCUGCUCUUCGACGACAUCGACCCCUGCAUGUGCCAAGCUGACAGAGAUGUCUUCCCCUCCCUGGCACAGGCUCAGGCCUCUGUGGCCAACGAGGUGUACCAGGAGCUGGGCCAACCCUCCACCUUCCUCUUCUGCCCUACAGAGUAUUGCAGCUCGCUGUGCUCUCCCAGCCCCAGCCAGUCCUGCUACCUGCAGACCAUCGGGCAGGAGCUGCUCCCAGGGAUCGCUGUCAUCUGGACAGGCCCCAAGGUGGUGUCCCAGGAGCUCUCAGCAGAGCUGCUGCAGGAGGUGGAGGCUGUGCUGAGGCGCUGCCCCGUCAUCUGGGACAACCUCUACGCCAACGACUACGACUGCAGACGCGUCUUCCUGGGCCCCUACAUGGGCCGAGCUCCCGGCCUCAUGUCCAGGCUCCAGGGGCUGCUCCUCAACCCCAACUGCGAGCUCCAGGCCAACUUCAUCCCCAUCCACACGCUGGGCACCUGGUUCCAGAGCGAGCUGGGCAGCUGUGCCCAGCCUGACCGUGCAGGAAUGGGGGACAGCCAAGGUGCUCAGGAUGGAAGCUACAGCCCCCAGGAAGCCUUGGAGGUGGCUCUGCGUGACUGGGUGGCUGAGAUAAACCAGCAGGCCUUGCAGGCAGGAGGAAGGAGCCCAGGACACCCCAGUGCCAGCCUCAAGGGAGGACCAAAGCUGCAGCCUGGCACGGCAGGAGGACAGGAGGUCACUCCCCACCCUCAGCCCCACAGCUCUGCUCCUGGUGGGGCAGAUCAGCACAGCCCUGAGCCCUGUGGGGUGGCACCAGAGCAGGGGUGCAGGGAGGUGACCUCAGAGCCUGAGGAGGACAGUGGGAACAGGACAGCCACGGGCCAGCAGCAGAGCCCUACAAGGGCUGGGGACCAGCUCGCCUCAGGGAGCUGUGAGCCCCCCUCUGCUGUGCCCAGCGUGGCUGGCAGUGCCCAGUCUGAAGGAGUCCCAGUGGCCACCAAGACCCUCCCCAGCCCAAGCCCCACCACGAGCUGCAGCAGUCAGAACAUUCCCUUGCCCACCAGGGAUGCCAGGGCAGGGGAUGGCAGCCCUGUCCCACCUCCCAGCAGCACCCAGCCUGAGGCCAUCAGGACUGACGUGCCCCAGACACCCCCAGGACCUGGGGCUGGUGCCAGCCCUGGUGCCAUGGCACCAGUGACCCCAGAGGAGGCCACAACCAGCUCCCCAGCACAGGUGACCCCAGAGGAGCCCAGGACCAGCCCCAUGGCACCAGUGACCCCAGAGGAGGCUGGGCCUGGCCCCAGGACCCCCAAAGAUGGCAGGACCAGCCCCACAGCAAAGAUGACCCCAGAGGAGGCCAGGACCAGCCCCAUGGCACCUGUGACCCCAGAGCAGGCUGGGGCUGGCCCCAUGACCCCCAAGGAGGCCAGGAGCAGCCCCACAGCCCAGGUGACCCCAGAGGAGCCCAGGACCAGCCCCACAGCCCAGGUGACCCCAGAGCAGGCUGGGUCUGGCCCCAUGACCCCAGAGGAGCCCAGGACCAGCCCCACAUCCCAGGUGACCCCAGAGGAGCCCAGGACCAGCCCCACAUCCCAGGUGACCCCAGAGGAGCCCAGGACCAGCCCCACAUCCCAGGUGACCCCAGAGGAGCCCAGGACCAGCCCCACAUCCCAGGUGACCCCAGAGGAGCCCAGGACCAGCCCCACAUCCCAGGUGACCCCAGAGGAGCCCAGGACCAGCCCCACAUCCCAGGUGACCCCAGAGGAGCCCAGGACCAGCCUCACGGCACCGACGACCCCAGAAGAGGCUGAGUCUGACCCCAUGGCACUGAUGACCCCCAAGGAGGCCAGACCCAUCCCCACAGCACCCCUGACCCCAGAGGAGGCCGUGUCCAGCCCUGCAGCUCCACUGAGCCUGGAGGAGGUGCGGAUGCUGGUGGAGCUCUUCUACCUGCCCUACCACCACGGGGCCCUGGCCCAGGAGCUCCUGGAGCAUUUUCGGUGGCUGCGAGCAAACAGCCUCAGCGUGGGGGUCCCGGCCACGGCGCCUGAUGCCUGCGGGGGCAGGCGGUGGCGGGGCCGGGCUCAGUCCUUCCAGCUGCUCUGCGCUCGGACGUGCCGCCUGCACAGCCGCCUGGUCAGCACGGCCAGCAGGGAGCUGCUCUACGACCUGCACCCCUACCUCUGGGACAUCCGCAACAUGCUGCUGGCCGCCAGUGCCUUCGUCCUGUGGCUGGAUGGUCACCUCCUGUGCGACCCGGACCCCAAGGGCACCUGGGGGAGCUGCUUUGGCUGGUGCCAGAGCAUCACUGCCCCCGUGCUGCUGGGCAGGGACGCCGAGCCCUGGGCGCGCCGUGGGGGCCUCUUUGGGGAGCUGCAGGCACUGCUGCCCGUGGGGAACAGCUGUGACCUCUUCUACCAUCCACCCCCGCUCUUCCCGUCCAGCCAGCUGUACCAGCUGCGCCCGCUGCUGCCCCUGGACAAGGGAGAGCUUUACCGCAUGUGCCGGGAGAGCUUGGACUGUGAUCCCAAAGUGGCAGAGAUCCUCGUGGCCCACCCGGAUCUCCUCGGUGACAGGCUCCUGGGCAGCUUCCUCAGCCUGAGCCCCGAGUACACCUUUGUGCUGGAGGAUGAGGAUGGCCCCUGUGGCUACGCAGCCGGAGCGCUCCACGCCGAAGGCUUCCUGCAGCAGCGAGACAGCAGCUGGCUGCCAGCCAUACGGCACAAGUACCCCCCAGAGCUGGGCACAGCGGGGCCAGCUCUGGGACAGGAUGCCCUGGAGGAAGCAGUGCUCUUCUUCCACUCAGAGCCGCUGGCAGUGCCCCAGCCCGUGCUGAGGCGCUUCCCCUCCCUGGUGCAGCUGGGCACAGCCCCCCGUGUGCUGGACGUGGGGGCCAGCCGCAGCCUGGCCCUCUGCCUGCUGAGUGCACUCAGAGCCAAUGGCUCACGGGGAGUGUUCUGCCAGGUCAGCGACGCCGACCGGCAGCAGCUGAGCUUCUACAGCAAGCUGGGCUUUGUCGCCCUGCCCGUGGCCUGGGGCAGCUCUCCCGGCUCUCAGCUCCUGGGACGACUCCUCUGAUGGCCCACGGGGAGGCUGUGCCCCAGGUUCCCAGGCCAGGCUGAACCCCCCAUCCCACACAGCAAACGGGAGCAGAGGGGCACCUCCAGCAGGCCAGGUACACGUGAGAGGGGACACGGGGGCGAGCAGGAUGUCACUGGGAUGUGUGCAGGCCUGUCAGGUGCCUGGGUAGCACAGAGAUAUUUCUGCUCCCGACGGGAUUUGGCCACCUCUGUGCCAGCCCAGCUGCUGCUGUUUGCGGGGUACCCUGCACUUUGCUGGGGAGCCGGGCCAGCAGAGCCUCAGGCCUGCAGCAGCUCGUGAGCAGGGUUUGGGUUUGUGACCCUGGGGCACAGCACGGUGCCUAAGUGCCACAGGAGUGUCCCCACCACGCAGCCCAGCUCCCUCCAUCCCCUGUGUGGCCUGAACUGGGCACUCAGUGCUGGGGCUGGCUCUCGGCACUGAGGACCUGCUUGUCUGUAUGGAUUGAUAUGGGAUGGGGUGAGGCAGCCUCUGUUUUUGUGCCUGGGGCCUGAGGGAAGCGCUGUCCUUGGCAAUAAAGCGUUUGCUGGGCUCUCA